AUUCCAAUUGAAUUUUACCUUUGACUUUUCUAAACUUUUGUUACUUACAUACCAGUUGAUUUAAUUUUCUAACAGCAACUCAGUAGUCAUUGGGGCUGUGUCGCAGCGCCGUUCUGCUCUCAGCCGUGUCGCAGCUUGCAUCCCCGGUGUCCGAUCACCCUCAUCAACGCCGUCGUUCUGCCUCCGAUCUUAAGGUUAAGUCACGAGGAAAUGGCAUUGAAGCUGCUACACGGGACUUUGACGGCAAACAUUUCUCAGUUCCGAAAUAUCACGCCGCUUGUUCGCCGUAUCGUGUCUCAGGAACGGGAGGCUGCCAGAUUUGGUAACAGUGAACCUCGUAAACUCUAUGCAUCCAUUUAUCUGGAUGAAGUAAAAAUGAAAAGCAGGCAUAUACCAAUAGAAGACUUCAAGAACAUUGAUAAAUGGAAUAUGAAAUUUAGCUUUCCUUGUGCGCAUAAUGCAUCAAAUGUCAUUUUCAGCAUUCAUUGUGGCAAGGCCCCCAAUGGUCGGCGAAAUUCAAUGUUAGAAGCAAAAGUGCCAUGUGGGGAAAUCAUCAACAAUAAUGGUCAAUAUCAAUCAGAAGUCCCUUUGAUUGAUCCUAAUUCAGACACGAAUGAUGCAGAAAUGCAUGAGUCACUUCACAUGAAGCUGAAUUUUGAUGAAGCUUUUAAUAAUUCGAAAAUAGGCAUCGAAAGGGCUUUCUUUCAAGAAGUUUCUGACAGUUACUAUCCACUGAGAAAUGGAUGCAAAGUUACUCUUUAUCAGGAUGCUCAUGUCCCAGAUGAUUAUGUCAAGAAAAUGGUCAAUGCCGGACUGGUGAAUUAUGAGCCUCAGAGAUGUUGGGAGGAUAUAUUUGAUGCAAUCAAUAAAGCAGAGCACUUCAUAUACAUUGCUGGCUGGUCUUUUUACACUGACAUAACAUUGAGAAGGGAUCCAAAGAGGCCAAAGGAUGGGGGAGAACCAAAACUUGGAGAGCUGCUCAAGAGAAAGGCAAACGCUGGUGUCAAGGUCGUAUUGCUUCUUUGGGAAAAUAAAGCAAGAAGCCGGUGGAGGAUUCUGUCACCAAUACUUGACUUCUUUGGAGCCGUCAAUACUCACGACAAAGAAACACAAGAUUAUUUUAAAAAUACUGGUGUGCAUUGUAUUUUAAGUACUAGGAGCUUUACCUACACUCAUCACCAGAAAAUGGUGGUGUUGGACAAGGAGUUACCUAGUGGUGAGUCAAAGAAGAGGGGAAUAACGAGUUUUCUUGGGGGUAUUGAUCUCUGUGAUGGUAGAUAUGAUACUCCAUCUCAUCCACUUUUUAGCACCUUGAAUGAGCAUAAAGAACAUGGUAUAGACUUUUAUCAACCCAGCAUUAAAGGCUCCAGAAUUCAAAAUGGUGGUCCAAGGCAACCCUGGCAUGAUGUGCACUGUCAGCUUGAAGGACCUGUUGCAUUGGAUGUUUACAAGACUUUUGUGCAAAGAUGCGAGAAGGAAGGUAAACAGGAUAUACUUGUUCCAGAGUCUGCUAUUAAAAGCCUCAUCGAUCAGACAUCUUCAAUAACAAACCAUAGUGAUGAUCGUGAGACUUGGAAUGUUCAGUUACUUCGAUCUGUUGACAGCAGAGCUAUUUCUGGGUUGUCAGAAACUGCUUACGGAAAUGGGGAUAUCAUAAUAGACCGUAGCAUUCAACAUGCUUACAUUGAAGCUAUUCGGCGCUCAAAGAAUUUCAUCUACAUUGAACAUCAAUAUUUCAUAGGAAGCUGUUUUGACUGGCGUGCAGGUAAGUUCAACCCUAAGCAACUUGGUUGUUUGCAUCUAAUUCCAAAGGAGCUAUCACUUAAAAUUGUUAGCAAGAUUGAAGCUGGAGAAAGGUUCACUGUUUAUGUUGUGCUUCCUAUGUGGCCGGAGGGAAAUCCACGUAGUCGUGUAGUUCAGCUGAUGUUGGAUUGCCAAAAGAGGACCAUAGAAAUGAUGUACAAUGAUAUUAUUGGUGCACUCAAGAAAAAGAAUCCUGCAGAAAGAUUUGAAGAAAUUAGAAAACAUGCUCAGAGUUAUUUGGCAUUCUUCUGGCUUGGCAACCGGGAGGCAAAAACAGAUGCUGAGCUUCAACCAAUAUCAAGUCCAUACAGAAAUUUUCAUUACAUGAAUGCUCAAACUUCCAGGCGAUUUAUGAUUUACGUGCACUCCAAGAUGAUGAUAGUGGAUGAUGAAUACAUUAUCAAUGGAUCUGCAAACAUUAACCAGAGGUCAAUGGACGGUGCUAGAGAUACCGAGAUCGCCAUCGGAGCUUAUCAACCCUUAUAUUUGGCUGCCAAUCAAGAUGGUGCACGGGGCCAGAUUCAUCAUUUUCGCUUGUCAUUGUGGUUCGAACAUCUUGGCAGAUAUGAAGCCACUUUCCUCAACCCUGAAAGUGAAGAUUGUAUUAGCAGGGUGAAUCAGCUUGCUCAAGACAAUUGGAACGAGUAUAAAGGAGAAACAUUAGGCGCUGACCUUUCUGGCCACCUUCUGCGCUAUCCCAUUGAUAUUUCUCCUGAUGGAAGUAUCACACAUGACACUGAUGAAACAUCUACAUUCCCGGACACCGAUGCCAGUAUUCUAGGUAACCAAGCCUUAGAUGAUUUGCCUGACAACGAUACGCUCCUAAAAUUAGUGGAGAGGGUCUAGAAUUACACAAGAAUUUUUCAUACAAGACUUGCCAUUCAAAAAUGAAAUUACAGUAACAUUAUGUUUAUGGGCUUAAGAACUAAAAGCCUAAGACAAUAUAUUGACCAUAUUUUUUGAGAUGACAGGAUGCCAUCAUCAUCAAGUUUGGGGUGAUAAUAUAAUGCACUAAAACCGACUUAGGUUCGCCGAGUGAUAUGCUCACUCAUCUACUUAAA